AUGUCGUUUGCCGCUUGAUUCAAUGUGAAAGUAGAGAAGCGGUCAAAAGAACAUGUUAAGAUGUUUGUAACAAAACAGAUAGAAUCUGAACACAAGGACUUAAUACACGAUGUAUCUUUUGACUUUUAUGGUAAACGGAUGGCAUCAUGCUCUAGUGAUCAAAGUGUCAAGGUAUGGGACUUAGGAGAAGAUGGAGAGUGGAAAUGCACAGCAACCUGGAAGACACACAGUGGAUCAGUGUUCAGAGUUACGUGGGCCCACCCAGAAUUCGGACAGGUCCUGGCCACCUGUUCGUUUGACAGACAAGCAGCUGUUUGGGAGGAGAGUUUUGGGGACGUAGGAAGGGAGGGGGUGAAGAGUAAUUGGAUCAAAAAGAGUAUUUUAGUGGACAGUCGAACAGCUGUAACUGAUGUCAAAUUUGCACCAAAACAUCUAGGUCUACAGUUGGCAAUUUGCUGUUCCGAUGGAAUGGUUCGAAUUUAUGAAUGUCCCGACGUUAUGAACAUCAGUCAAUGGUCUCUACAACAUGACAUACAGACAAAGUUCAAGUGCAGCUGUCUCAGUUGGAACUCCUCAAGGAUGCACCCCCCGAUGAUUGCAGUAGGGAGUGACGAUAACAAUCCGUCAGGGGGAGGAAAAUGUCAAGUGUUUGAGUACAAUGAUAGCACAAGGAAAUGGACAAAAGUAGAGACAAUAGUAGCAGUCACAGACCCAGUACACGAUGUGGCGUUUGCACCAAACCUCGGCAGAUCCUAUCAUUUAUUGGCUAUAGCUUCCAAGGAACUAAAAAUCAUCAGUUUGACUCCAUUGGGAAGAGACUCCGUUAUUGGGAACCAGUCUGUGGUCAGCAGGUUUGAGAUGAAGCAGGUCGCCAGUUUUACAGAUCAUGAAUCUCCGGUAUGGAGAGUGAGUUGGAAUGUGACAGGGACGGUCUUAUCCUCAUCAGGAGACGAUGGCUGUGUCAGGUUAUGGAAAGCAAACUAUCUUGGAAGAUGGAAAGGUAUAUCCAUAUUAAAGGGUGAUGCUUCCCAGACUCGCCAGGACAGAAAUUUCAGUGCCAACCCCUCUCAGAACCCCGCAGGGGCCGUCAGUCAACAGAGUAAUGAAGAGUUGGUAAGGAUGAAUAUUAAAAGAAACUCGGGAUGGCCGUCAUUUAAUACCAAGAAGGACCAAGGGAAAACGUACUACUGAUAUUCAUAAGGACUAAUUCAAAGACCAAGAGAGUCGUAGGAUAAUAAAAAUCAUUUGUUUGUAUAAUCUGAUCAACAGAUAUGUAGUAGAAUCGAAACACAAUUCUCCACAUGUGUAAUAUGAUAAUAAUGCAAGGGUGAUGUUGUUAAUAUGAAAAGCAUUUUCUAUGUAGAGGAAACUUUUCUUUAUCUGCAUUAUCAGAGUUUCAGCUUGGGAAAUAGAGGCAGCAAUGAAACUAUUGCAUUUUUAGAAAGUGCACCAAGAAAGACAAUUAUGGAAAGAGUGAUUCAAAAAAGAAAAGGAAUACCAAAUUGUACACCUGAUAUAUUUGUUUCAAUGUGUCCAUUGCUACAUUUCUGUUGGCUCUUGUAAAACUUAUAUAAAGACAGUUACAUACAAAGACAUUUACAUACAAAGACUUUAACAAGCAUUGAAUUGCAAUAUUUCAUCUGUGAUCAUGUGUGAUGUGUUCCAUUUUGUGAAAAGUACAUGUGGCACUGAUCAAUUGAGGUUCUUGUGAUGAGUUCUGAGCUUCUGUAUACGCUAAGUGAACUGCCUGCAUUCUGAAUGUUUGGAAUCAUAGAGCAAUUCAUUUUUGUCUGUUUAUAUAAAAUAUUAAUGUCAGAUUGUUUGUAUGGAGAUGAUCUCCAUUACAUAUAAACAAAAAUUAUUAAAGAAUUGAUUCUUAAUGAAAGCUUCCAACUCUUUAUUUAGAGAUUGAGCAAGUGUUCAUUUUUUUAAGAGACAAAAAUGCUUAAUAGUAUCUAGAGAUUGGGUAUAUAUUGACUUAUUUAGAGGUAGAAUGUAUUUGGACAAACUGGAAUGAGUCAUAAGACUUUUAAUGAUUUCACUUGUUAAAUCAGACGACUUGAUCACUGUAUGGUUAAGCUAUUGAUUAAGCUGUGUAGAAGAAGACAUUAAACAAAUACAGGAAGACAUCAGGGCAUCAUUUCAGCUACAAAUUUACAGGGUGAUUACACUAGAUUGGAUUUUAAGUAACUGUUGGUUUAUUGAAUAUUUCUUUUAUCAUCUAAUGAAAUCAGCCGUGAAUUACCUAGAUAGUUAUAAAAGGACCUAGAUUAAAUAAAUGAGUAUCAGUUACAA